CAUUUCCCAACCACUACAAUAUUGGAUUCUUAAAAUUUUCUUUUGCAAACAAAAUGGCUACCAAUUCAAUAUUGCAAAACGUGUCUUUGUUUUCCUCAUUAGCAACGAAUAAUCACAAAGUUCCACCAUUCAAAAUCUGCCACGUGUCUCAAAAACCCGCCAUAAUCAAACAAAUUUGCCCGCAAAGCAACUUCAAAGAAUCAUUUUUAACUCUCACUAAUUUAAUUACUCAUAAAAACUCAUCUCAAAAAUGUAUAUACGAGACUUAUUCACUGUUAUUAGAGCUUUGUGCAACCCAAAAAGCUCUAAAACAAGGCAAACAAAUCCAUACCCAUGUUCUUAAAUUUGAUUUAGAGCAUAAUGAUUCAGCUUUCUUGAACACCAAGAUUGUUUUUAUGUAUGGAAAAUGUGGGUCAAUUGGUGAUGCAGCUAAGGUGUUUGAUAAAAUGCCUGAAAGAACUGUUUUUACUUGGAAUGCAAUGAUUGGUGGUUGUGUUUUAAAUGGGGUACCUUUUAAAGCACUUGAGUUGUAUAGAGAUAUGAGGUUUUUGGGUGUUUGUUUAGAUGCACAUACACUUUCUAGUACAUUGAAGGCUACUAGUCAGGUUGAAUGUUUGUAUUAUGGAAGUGAAAUACAUGGUCUUGCAAUAAAAGUUGGGCUUAUUUCUAAUAUUUUUGUGGUGAAUUCACUAGUGAGUAUGUAUACUAAGUGUAAUGACAUUGGGGCAGCUACAUUGUUGUUUGAUGGAAUGAGUGAAAGAGAGGAUGUUGUUUCUUGGAAUUCUAUGAUUUCUGCUUAUGUGGUAAAUGGGAUGAAUCAAGAAGCUUUAAGUCUAUUUAUAGAAAUGUUGAAUGCUAGUGUUGAACCGACGGCUUAUACUUUUGUUUCGGCUAUUCAAGCAUGUGAGGAGACAAAAUUUGGAAAAUUUGGGGCUGAGAUUCAUGGUGUUGUUGUGAAACUUGGUUAUUCUGUUGAUAUGUACGUUGUGAAUGCGUUGUUAAUGGUGUACGGUAAGAACAAUAGAGUCGAUGAAGCUGCUAAAAUAUUCUUCCAUAUGCAAGAAAAGGACAACAUUUCUUGGAAUUCCAUGAUAUCAGGGUACGUGCAAAAUGGACUUUAUGAUGAAGCGAUUAAUUUGUUUCAUGAGAUGAAGAAUGCGGGUCAGAAACCUGACCAUGUCUCGCUUAUGAGUAUGCUUGUUGCAUCUGGAAGACAAGGAAAUUUGUUAAAUGGUAUGGAAAUUCAUGCCUUUUCACUGCGAAAUGGUUUGGCUAGUGAUUUGCAGGUUGGCAAUACUCUUGUAGAUAUGUAUGCCAAGUGUGAUAAGUUAGAUUACAUGGUCUCUGUCUUUGAUAGGAUGCUGCAUAGAGAUAAUGUCUCUUGGACAACAAUUAUUGCUGCUUAUUCUCAGAAUAAUUUUCCCCAGAAGGCCGUGCAAUUAUUUCGUGAGGUACAGGCAGCAGGAAGCAAUGUUGAUGCCCUUAUGAUUGGAAGUGUCCUCCUUGCUUGUACCGAGUUGAGGUGCAACUUACUUGCAAAAGAAAUUCACUGUUAUGUGAUUAAAAAAGGACUGUAUGAUCCGGUCAUACAGAAAACGCUUGUGAGUGUUUAUGGAGAUUGUGGGAAUGUGGACUAUGCAAAUAGUAUUUUUAGGUUGAGUGAAGUUAAAGAUGUCAUAUCCUUUACAAGCAUGAUGUGCAGUUAUGUUGAAAAUGGUCUUGCAAAUGAGGCUCUUGGUCUCAUGCUCUAUAUGAAUGAAAUGGAAAUUGAGGCAGAUUUCAUUGCAGUCCUAAGCAUGCUCAAUGCUGCUGCUGAUUUAUCUUCCUUAAGGAAAGGAAAAGAGAUUCAUGGAUUUUUAGUUAGAAAAGGAUUCCUUCUGCAAGAUUCCUUUAGAAGCUCUCUAAUAGAUAUGUAUGCCAGCUGUGGGACUCUGGAGAACUCAUAUAAGGUGUUUAAUUAUUUAAAGAGCAAAGAUCCGUUUUGUUGGACGAGCAUGAUAAAUGCUUGUGGAUUACAUGGACGUGGUAGGGAAGCCAUUGAUAUAUUCACGGGGAUGGAGAAGGAAAAUAUCCACCCAGAUCACAUAACCUUCUUGGCUGUACUUCGUGCAUGUAGCCAUGCCGCACUAAUAGAAGAUGGCAAAAGGAUUUUCAAAAUAAUGCAAAGCAAGUACGGAUUGGAGCCUUGGCCGGAACACUAUGCUUGUUUAGUUGAUUUGCUUGGACGUGCAAAUCACUUGGAAGAGGCAUUCCAAAUUGUGAAAACAAUGAACUUGGAGGAUAUACCUGCCGUCUGGUGUGCUCUCCUUGGUGCUUGUCAGGUAUACUCUAAUAAAGAGUUAGGAGAAAUUGCUGCAAUGAAGCUUCUUGAAUUAGAGCCCAAGAAUCCAGGAAAUUAUGUUCUUGUAUCUAAUGUGUAUGCUGCGACAAAUAGAUGGGACGAUGUAGAAGAAGUCAGAGUAACAAUUAAAGAAAAAGGGCUGAAGAAAGAUCCUGCAUGUAGUUGGAUAGAGGUAGGAGAUAAGGUUCAUACAUUUGUUGCUCACGACAAGUCCCACCCUGAGUGUAAUAAGAUUUAUGAAAAAUUAGCUCAUCUCACUGAGAAAUUGGAGGAGGAAGCAGGUUAUGUGGCUCAAACCAAAUAUGUUUUGCACAAUGUGGAGGAAAAAGAAAAAGUCAAGUUGCUUAAAGGACACAGUGAAAGACUGGCUAUUGCAUAUGGUUUACUUGCUAGUACUGAUAGAAACCCCAUUCGAAUCACAAAAAAUCUUCGCGUCUGUAGUGAUUGCCAUACUUUCAGCAAGCUAGCUUCAAAGUUCCUAGAGCGAGAUAUCAUAGUCAGAGAUGCCAAAAGAUUUCACCAUUUCAGGAAUGGGAUAUGCUCCUGUGGAGAUUUCUGGUGAAACCGGUAAUUGGUUAUCCUAUCAAGCAGAUCUUUCUGAUCAUAACUAACUUUACUGCUCGGUAACAU